AUGCCUGCCAAAUCGCCUGCACAGGCUCUCCUCGAGAAAGCAGAGAAGAAGGCAGCCUCGUCCUCUGGCUGGUUCUCGUCCAGUACCACCAAAUGGGAAGAAGGCGGCGACCUGUUCCAGCAAGCCGCCAACGCCUUCAAGCUAGACAAACAGUUUCAAGCAGCAGGUGACGCGUUCGCAAAGGAAGCGGAAUGCAGAGAGAAGUGCAAGGAACUGAACGAAGCCGCCAACGCCUGGUGGAAUGCCGCGAAGGCGUACAAGCAGGGGCACCCUGAUCUGGCUAUCAUGGCGUUGGGUCAAACUAUCGAAUUUUUGACCAAGGGCGGCAGAUUCAGACAAGCAGCCGAUCGGGAGAAAGAGAUCGCGCAGAUAUACUUGCAGGAGCUUCACGAUAUGCGGAGGGCCUGUGAGAGCUACGAGCGCGCAGGAGAAUGGUAUGACCAGGAGGACGCUAAGGCGACGGCGAACGCAUGUUACAAGGAUGCAGCCGAUCUUCAUGCAGAACUCGAGGAUUACCCUCAAGCAAUAGCACGUUAUGAACAGGUCGCCGAUCACUCUCUCACCUCGAAUCUCACGCGCUACAGCGUCAAAGAGUACUGGCUCCGAGCCAGCCUUUGUGCAUUAGCGAUGAGGGACACCGUGCUAUGCAAGCGCAACAUGCAGAAGUACACCGCGUUGGACACGACCUUUGCAUCCACCCGCGAAGCCAAAUUUGUCAAUAUUCUGACCGAUGCUGUCGAGAACGAUGAUCAGGAAACAUUCACUGGUGCGGUUGUGGAGUACGACCAAGUGAUGAAGCUCGACAACUGGAAGACUGCUAUGUUGCUCAAGAUUAAACGUGGCCUCCAGGAUGUUGACGAGCCCGCGUUGAGAUAGACGACGUGGUUUGUCGCGUUACUUACGAUGUUCUCUUGUAUUUCGAACUUUUGUUUGCGCAGUCCUAUCUAUAUUAACCGGUCAUAAGCCC